AUGGGAAGCUCGAUCUCAAAGACAUUAGGGAGAUUAUUUGGUUCUACUGAAAUGAAGAUCCUAAUGCUGGGGUUGGAUAAUGCUGGUAAGACUACGAUUUUAUAUAAAUUGAAGCUGAAUAAAAUAAAAACGUCUACGCCUACAGUGGGAUUUAAUGUGGAAACUGUGUCUUAUAAAAAUGUAAAAUUCAAUAUGUGGGAUGUUGGUGGUCAGGAACGAUUACGACCACUUUGGAGACAUUAUUUCCCUGCCACGACGGCUUUGAUCUUUGUAAUUGAUUCAAGUGAUCAAGAGAGAUUGAAUGAAGCUAAAGAAGAAUUAUACAGUAUUAUCAGUGAGAAAGAGAUGGAGAAAGUUGUCCUGUUAGUAUGGGCGAAUAAACAAGAUUUGAAAGGGGCCAUGAAGCCUCAAGACGUGUCAAGUUUUCUUGAAUUGGAUAAAAAUUUAAAGAAUCAAUUAUGGUGUGUCAUCGGCAGUAACGCUCUAACGGGGCAAGGUUUAGUCGAAGGUCUAUCAUGGAUCUCAAACAACACCGCUAAACAAUGA